AUGAGUAAUAGACAGCCACAGAUUCAGAAUUUAACAGAGAAUUACGCCAGUUUUUCGAUUGAAGAUGAUGAUGAGGAAGGCUUGUUGUUUGAGGCAAGGGAGGAUGGGCUUGCAGAAAUCGACGAUAGAUGGUUGUUAGUGGGGAGGUUUCUAACAAAUCGAUCCAUUGAUUUUCAAGCUAUGCAAAACAAAAUAGCGUCUCUAUGGCAGUCGGGGCGUGGUUUGUAUGUGAAGGAGUUAGAUCCAAACCUCUUCCUUUUUCAGUUUUAUCAUGAGGUGGACAUAGAGAGAGUUAUCGAUGGUAGUCCAUGGACGUUCGAUCGGGCACCUUUGAUUAUGGAGCGGGUAACACACGGAGUUAAUCCUAGAUCAAUACCUUUGAAUACUCUGGAACUUUGGGUUCAAUUACAUAAUUUGUCAAUUGGUUUUAUGUCUGAAAAAGUCAUUAGAGGGGUUGGUAAUUAUAUUAGAUCGUUCAUCAAAUCGGACCCAAACAAUUUCUCCGGAGUUUGGCGAGAUUAUUUGAGAAUUAGAGUGAAGAUUCCAUUGGAGAAGCCUUUGAAAAAGAAGAAGAAGUUGGAAAUGCAGGGGGGCCUGGUAUGUCAUGUCACUUUCAAGUAUGAGGAUCUACCCACUUUUUGUUUCAUUUGUGGGAUACUCGGCCACACAGAAAAGUUUUGUGAACGUCUGUUUGAUACUCCGAGAGAGUUGAUCACAGAGAACUUUGAUUUGGAGAUGAAGGCGGUUCCAAGAAGGCGUAAUUAUGCGGAUGGCUCACGGUGGCUACGAUCUGGCUUGGCUACGAAAAAUUCUGGGUGGCCUGGGGCAAGUUCUUCCAACCAGCGAAGAGGCCCGGUGGUUGCGCCGACGACAGGAGGGGGUAUUAAUGAUCAGUUAAUGGCAGAGAGUAAUCAAGGAGAGCAAUUGAUGGGAUAUGGCCAGAACAAUAGCAAUCUAGAGAGUGUCAAUAAAAACAAAUCCCAAAUAUCAGGGGAGGCGUUUUUAAGGAAGGAAAAGGUGGGUGAUGAGGUGGACAAUUCAAAUGAUGGGCUGGUAUUUUGUGAUUCUAAAAGAAAGAGAGUUAUUGAGGGUCAAGUUAGUGGGCCAAUUGGAGGGGUAGCUAGGGACGUGGGCCUUCCUAAAGCUGGACCAAAGGUGCAUGGGCUUGCUGAAGAAGAUGUAAUUGUUUGUGAGGACAUAUUGGUUCAAGAGGGAGUUACAAAAAACUUGAGUGGGGUGGGUUCUGUUGAUGGGCUUGCUAGAUUAUUGGGCUUUGAGGGUGUCUUUACUGUAGAUGCAAUUGGGUUAGCUGGUGGGCUUGCUCUCUUGUGGAAGAAUAAAGAAGAUGGGAGUUUGAUGGGCUACUCUAAUAACCAUAUUGAGAUUGUUGUUCAUACUGCUCAAUUUGGUAACUGGAGGCUAACUGGGCUCUAUGGAGAACCCAACCGGAGUCGGCGCCAAGAUACUUGGAGUUUGAUUCCAACCUUGUCUACUCGUUCGGACCUUCCUUGGUGUCUUGUUGGUGACAUGAACAAUAUUGUUCGACAAGAAGAGAAGAGAGGGGGUCGGCCAUAUCCCCAAAGCUUACUUUCGGGAUUCAAUGCCACUUUACAGCAAUGCAACUUAGUUGAUAUUGAGCUUCAAGGCCACUCGUUCACUUGGGAAAAGGGUAGAGGGUCUAAUAAUUGGAUCGAGAUACGCCUGGACAGAGCUUUGGCAACAUUGGCUUGGCUUCAGGUAUUUUCACAAGCUACUCUCUCUAAUUUAGACUUCUCUAGUUUGGAUCAUGCGGCCAUUUUCCUUGAACCGUUUCUUCCUACUGUUUUUGCUCCUCACCAUCGUUUUCGUUUUGAAAACACCUGGUUGAAAGAGCCGCUUUGUUCUGAAAUUAUAAAAGAAUGCUGGGAACUUGGUCAUACUUAUAGUUUGAGUGGCAAAUUAAGCUUAUGUGCCGAGAAGCUUAAGGUUUGGGGCAAAGAGAUUACGGGGUCCCUUAAUCAUAGAAUUAAAGAGUAUAAAAAAGAGUUGAAGAAUCUGCAGAAUAAAAGGGAUGCUAGUUCGGUGCAAGGCUACAAGGAGAGUGCGAAACAAUUUUGGUUACGGGAAGGCGACCAAAAUAGUAGUUACUUCCACAAGGCUGCUAGUAGCCGAAAGAAGAAUAAUCAAAUUGAGCAAUUAAAAGAUGCUCAAGGAAACUGGGUAACCUGGGAGUCGAGUCUAGGAGAAGUUAUGCAAGACUAUUUCCAUAAUUUAUUUACUUCGGCUAAUACAAACUGUAUGGAAGUGGUAGAUUGUGUUCAUCCUUGUGUUUCGGCUUUUGUAAACUCUGAAUUGUGUCAGCCCAUUCAAGAAGAGGAAGUUAAGAAGGCGCUAUUUCAGAUGCAUCCAGAUAAGAGUCCGGGUCCAGAUGGAAUGACUCCGGCCUUUUCUCAGCGUUGUUGGUCUAUAGUGCGAAAUGAUAUUGUGGAAGUGGUUCGGUCUUUCUUUACAAAUGAUGUCCUUGAAGAUGGUAUUGGCGAAGCUAAUGUUGUGGUCAUUCCUAAAAAGAAAAACCCGGAAGCUAUGUCGGACCUUAGGCCUAUUGCUCUAUGUAACAUCAUGUAUAAGAUCAUUACGAAAGUUAUGGUUAAUAGAAUGAAGCCUUUCAUUGAUUCCAUUGUGUCAGUAAAUCAAAGUGCUUUCAUCCCUGGGCACUUAAUUUCUGAUAAUGUUUUGGUUUCCUUCGAAGUAUUGCACUAUCUAAAAAGGAAACGCAAAGGCAAUGAGGGGUAUAUGGCGCUCAAGCUUGACAUGAGUAAGGCAUAUGAUAGAAUUGAGUGGUCCUUUCUUGAAGCAAUGCUAAGGAAGUUGGGUUUCACUGAGAUCUGGGUUCGGUUGAUUUUGACUUGUGUAACAUCGGCUCAAUAUACGGUUGUUCAUGGGAAUCAUGAAGUCGGGCCUAUUACUCCUUCUAGGGGCAUUUGGCAAGGGGAUCCUCUCUCCCCUUAUCUCUUCAUCCUUUGUGCAGAGGGUUUAUCAGCUUUACUUAGACGUUAUGAACAACGAGGAUGGCUUCACGGUUGUAAAGUAGCUAAUGGGGCGCCAAGAAUUUCUCACAUGCUUUUCGCCGAUGAUAGUUACUUAUACUGUAAGGCCACUGAAACUGAGGCUUUUCGGGUUAAAGAAGCUUUGCACAAGUUUGAAUUGGCUUCAGGUCAGAAGGUUAAUUUCUCAAAAUCUUCAAUUUUUUUCAAUGCUAAUACUCAUGAAAUUUUGAGAAACCAUCUUUGUGGAGAGUUGGGAAUGGCACCUGCUUUGGAGUGUAGUCUUUAUCUGGGACUGCCAAGCUCUAUGAGCCGCAAUAAAGUUUCGGCUUUGGGUUAUUUGAAAGAAAAAGUGAGGAAAAGGCUGGAAGGGUGGGGAUCAAAGUUCAUUUCUAGAGCGGGAAAGGAGAUUCUUAUCAAGUCUGUUGCCCAAUCUCUUCCCAGUUAUGCUAUGAAUGUCUUCUUAUUGCCUAUGGAGGUCGUUAGAGAUAUGGAGAGUCUCAUGUCAAAAUACUGGUGGAGGACCUCGGCUAAUAGUAACUCCGGCAUCCAUUGGAUGUCCUGGGAGAGACUUUGUAACCACAAAACCAAAGGAGGUAUGGGUUUCAGGAACCUAAGGGAUUUUAAUCUGGCAAUGUUAGGGAAGCAAGGUUGGCGCUUACUAAUCAAACCUAAUUUCUUGGUAGCUCGAAUUUUCAAAGCUCAUUACUUCUCGAAUGGUACGUUUCUUACGGCUAAAAUUGGUUCUAAUCCUAGUUUUGUGUGGAGAAGCAUACUGGAGGCACAACAUCUGGUUGCUAGUGGAGUAAGAUGGGCGGUUGGUGAUGGUAAGAACAUUGAUGUUUUAGGAGACCCUUGGUUGCCGGAUAAAGCAAAUCCUUGGGUUAUUUCCUCACAUCCGGGGCUUCAAAAUGCAAAAGUGGCCAAUCUCUUCACUAUUGAGGGGCUCAGUUGGGUUAUGGAGGUGUUGAAUGACUUGUUUGAACCACGAGACAGGGAGUUAAUUGUCCAAAUUCCACUUAAUAUCACAACCAGUCAAGACCAUUUAAUCUGGGUUGGGGAAUUGUCGGGUUUAUACACAGUUAAGAGUGCUUAUAAACGUCUCCAGGAGCUAAAAGGUUUGGUGAACUUUGAGGAAUCACAAGUGAAUCUUUUUUGGAAAAAAUUCUGGAACCUCAAAAUGCCUCCAAAGAUGAAAAAUUUAGUGUGGAGGGCAUGUACAAACUGCCUCCCCACAAUGGUGCAACUCAGAAUCAAACAUGCAGUACCCCAUUCACAAUGUCAUGUGUGUUCUAUUGAAGAAGAGUCCAUCUCACAUGCUCUAGUCUGCUGCCCGAUUGCUAAAGAUUGUUGGGACAGGGUUGGCAUUUCCUCGAUUAUGCAGCAACAACACAGUUUUCUGGACUGGUGUAUUAGCAAUUUUCAGAGAUUGGAUAAGGAGAAUUGUGAGCUGCUGGUGGCUGUUGCUUGGGCGGUUUGGAAUGCAAGAAAUGACCGUGUAUGGCAAAACAAGAUCAAGACGGUGGAAAACAUUGUUACGUCAGCAAAAGGUUACCUUUCACAAUGGAAAAAUGCUCAUUCUUCUGGUUUGGAGCUCUUGUCUGCUGCUUCUCGAAAGUUUGGUGUUGGUUGGGUAGCCAGAGAUACUCCGGGGCUUCUCAUCAAUGGCCAUACAAAGUUAUUCAAUGUAAAAGCUACACCAGAAUUGGCCGAGGCUGUAGGAAUUCGGGAGGCGUUAAGCUGGAUAAAAUCUAGUGGAUUGCAGCAGGUGGUUCUCGAGACGGACUGCUUAUCAGUUGUCCAAGCCUUAAGAAGUUCAAUUGUUAUGAUUUCCACGUUUGGUCAAGUGGUUAGUGAGUGUAAGGCUUUGCUUAAUGAUUUAAGAAAUGUUUCUAUUUAUUUUAUUCGUCGAUCAGCAAAUACAGUGGCUCGUGACUUAGCUCGAGCUUCUGUAUCCUUCCCUGAUUGUAAUUUCAGUUUGGAUUCUGUUCCAACUGUUUUGUUACCUAUUUUGGUGACUGAUAUGGUUAUCUAA